AAUUAGUCUCCAAGAAUAAUAAUUAGCAGAAAAUUAAAAGAGGAUAGAAAAAUGAAAAUAAAAGACGACCCAACAUGGCGGUCGUAGCAAUGAGUCAGCACCUUCACAUAUACACCAUCCCGUCCUCAUUCCCCAUGAUCCCAUUAUAUGUCUAUAAAUACAAGCCACUCCUCUCUUCAUCAACCACAUACUACAAAGCUAACCUCACUUAUUACCAUUUACUUCUCAUUCCUUCCCUUAGCUUCUUAAUUCACAAUCAUGGCCGUCUUCACAUUCGAGGAUGAAAUCACCUCCACCCUGCCCCCUGCCAAGCUUUACAAUGCUAUGAAGGAUGCUGACUCCCUCACCCCUAAGAUUAUUGAUGACGUCAAGAGUGUUGAAAUCGUCGAGGGAAACGGUGGUCCUGGAACCAUCAAGAAACUCACCAUUGUUGAGGAUGGAGAAACCAAGUUUAUCUUGCACAAAGUGGAGGCAAUAGAUGAGGCUAAUUAUGCAUACAACUACAGCGUGGUUGGAGGAGUGGCGCUGCCUCCCACGGCGGAGAAGAUAACAUUUGAGACAAAGCUGGUUGAAGGACCCAACGGAGGAUCCAUUGGGAAGCUGAGUGUGAAGUUCCACUCGAAAGGAGAUGCUAAGCCAGAGGAGGAAGACAUGAAGAAGGGUAAGGCCAAGGGUGAAGCUCUCUUCAAGGCUAUUGAGGGUUACGUCUUGGCCCGUACUCUCAUUCUCUAUUAAAUUAGUUUGUACUUG